AAAGACAUGUACAUCACAGCGGUGAGGAACACCAAAGGUCACACAUGUCUAAGGAAGGCUCAGAUGUACUAGUAAAGCUGGAUGGAAAAGCACAACCUGACAGUGCUGAAUGAAUUCAUUCUCAUGGGAAUUACACAACGUCCUGAACUGCAAGCUCCACUAUUUGGACUCUUCCUCAUCAUCUACUCAGUCUCAGUGGUGGGCAACCUGGGCAUGAUCAUGCUCACCACAGUGGACUCCAGACUGCAAACACCCAUGUACUUCUUCCUCAAGCACCUGGCUCUCAUUGAUCUGGGUUAUUCAACAACUGUAGGGCCAAAAAUGUUAGUAAGUUUUGUUGUGGAAGAAAACACAAUUUCCUAUUAUUUUUGUGCCACUCAGGGAGCAUUCUACAUUAUAUUCAUCAUUAGUGAGCUUUUCAUCCUGUCGGCUAUGUCCUAUGACCGCUACGUGGCCAUCUGUAACCCUCUGCUCUAUCCAGUCAUCAUGUCACAAAGGCUGUGUCAGGUGCUGGUGGCAAUCCUCUAUCUCUACAGCACAUUUGUGUCUCUGUUAGUCAACAUAAAUAUUUUUACUUCAUCCUUCUGUGGCUACAAUAUUGUCAAUCAUUUCUACUGUGACUGUCUUCCCUUGGUAUCCUUGCUGUGCUCAAAUACACAUGAAAUUGAACUGAUGAUUUUGAUUUUCUCAGUUUUUAAUUUGAUGUCAUCCCUUCUGAUGGUUGUUGUGUCUUACCUGCUGAUCCUGGCAGCCAUCGUCAGGAUGCACUCUGCUGAGGGGAGGCACAAGGCUUUUUCUACCUGUGGGUCCCACUUGACAGUGGCCACAGUGUUCUAUGGGACUAUGAUAUUUAUGUAUGUGCAGCCUGAGUCCAGUCAUUCCUUUGACACUGAUAAAGUGGCAUCCAUAUUUUACACCCUUGUUAUCCCCAUGCUGAAUCCCUUGAUCUAUAGCCUGAGGAACAGAGAUGUAAAAUAUGCUUUCCAUAGGCUAUGGAAAAAGUUAUGCAGCACCUUUUCUUAA